AUGGUUUCAAGAUUGAAUGUGCACAUCGGACGUUUUGGUUUGCUCUACCCAAAGAACCGAUGCUAUUUUUAUUCGACCAAGGUAACAUAUUAAGUUUUAAUUUUCGUCGUGUCAAAUCUUUUUACCUUUAUGAUUAUAAUUAUUGUAUUAAUCAAUCGAUUUUUUUCUCUGUAUUAAAUUUCAAUCAUUAUUAUCAUAUCGUAUCAUUACAUCUUGUGAUUCUUAGACUAUUGUCUGAACGAACAUAAAAUACAUUUUGUUUUUUUUCGUUAUUUUAGAAAUUAAAUCUUGAAGCUGGUAAAUUUGUUUUAAUACGAGAAAAAAAAAAUAACUUGUUAAUGGAUGAUAAAAACAACACAUAAUUAAGUUGAUUAUUAGGUACCUACCUACCUAUUAACAUUCUUUAGCAAUGAGUAUUGUUGAAUUUAAUUGAUUAGAGUCAUUUUUAUAUGAUGAAUUAUUUGAUCAAUACUUUUUAAUUAUAUACCAUCAAAUAAUGGUUUUUAUAGUUCUAAAAACUGAACUACAAUAAAGCCUCCAAUAUCUGUCACUUUCAUCCGUCAACUCCCGUUAUACGUCACCCAUCGUCAAAAUGGUAUUGUGUCUACUCGUGACUAAAGUCUUAUGUUAUUAAGAAAAAUGAAAAAAAGCUCAUGAUAUAAAUUUUAUAAACAAAAAUUAAUUAAUCAUUUUAUUUAUUUUUUAAAUAUACUAAUAGGUAUGUUUAGUAUAAAAAAAUUUUUUUUUUUUUGUCACCCUCUUGGUUCCUUUGUAGACGGAUAAUCGAGGUUUUAGUGUAUUAUUAUUUAAAUUUGAUAACAAAGUUUACUAAAAUAUUGAACGAUCAAAGUGUUUAAAACUAUCAAACACUAGAUUAAAGCUAGUGACUUUCCCUUAUAAUGUAGAUAAAAAUUGUGUUGUCCUUAUUUAAAUAAGUUAUUGAUUGAAAAAAAUGUGCCUUAUUGUUUAUAGACUUCAUCAAAAAUCAAAGUUGAUAAUAUUGAAGUUAAUUAUUUGAAAAUCGGAAAAGGACCACAGACAUUGUUGUUAUUACCAGGAGCAUUAGGUAAUCAUUGUACUAACAAACUGUGUAUAAUAUUAUAUACUAUAUCAAUGUCGUUUAGGUUCCAUAUUUACUGAUUUUAAGCCACAAAUUGAAACUUUUGAUCAAAAUAAAUAUACAAUUGUCGCAUGGGAUCCACCUGGUUAUGGCUAUAGUCGACCACCAGACAGAGAUUUUUCAUCUGGAUUUUUCUACCGCGAUGCCGAUUAUGCCAUUUCUCUUAUGAAUGUAAAUAUCACUUAACACUAUUUCCAUUCCUUUCAUGUUUUUCUAAUCUGCAAAUUGUACAAUUUGCAUAGGCGUUGCAAAUUGAAAAAUAUUCACUGUUGGGUUGGAGUGACGGCGGUAUCACUGCACUUAUAUUGGCGUCCAAAGCUGUCGAUCGAGUGGAAAAAAUUAUAGUUUGGGGUAGUAAUGCUUAUGUUACUGAAAAAGAUGUUGAAUUAUACGAGAAAAUACGAGAUAUUCAAAAGUGGUCUCCACGCAUGAGACAGCCUUUUAUCGAUCUCUAUGGUGAAAAAUAUUUCUCGAAGACCUGGAGUGCUUGGGUAGAUUCUUUUCAGACAAUACUCAGAGAAAAUAAAGGAGAUAUUUGUCGAGAAGCACUACCUAAAAUCAGAGCUCCCACCCUCAUUUUGCAUGGUGCUCAAGACCCCUUAGUGCCUAUGGAACACCCAGUUUAUUUACAUAAAAACAUUAAACAUGGAUCGUGAGUUGAUAGAAUUAUUAGUUUUAUUUUAUGAAAAAAAUAAAUCAGGUGAUAAUGUGAUUAACUCAAAAACUUAAUAGUUGCAUUUUCAAGUUUUUAUAAUAUGAAAAUAUCAUCUACUUAUCUUUAUUAUUGGUUUUAAUUUCCUAAUACUAGCUUUCCCCAAAUGUGUAUUCUGUAAAAUAUAUUUUAAAGGAAAAAUUAUGUAUUUUUUGUAAAGCUGUUUUUAAAUGUUAUCUAUCAGUUAUAUCAUAAAUACCUUUAUGACAAGGAAAUUAUUCCCAACACUUGUAGACUUCCUGAAAUUACUGUGAUGGUCUAUUGAAUAGUAGGUACCUGAGAGACAAAAAAAUAAAAUUAUCCCAUUUUAAAAUGUUUAAACAUUUUCAAUGUAUUCUGAUUUUAUUAUCCUAGUCUAACAGUUUAUAAUGUUAUUGUGUUGUUUUUUGUAUACAACCAAUAUAUUAAUCACCGUACUCGUGUAAUAAUCCAAAGAUAAUGCUCAUAAUCAAAACUAUAAUAAUGCAGAGAUUCUUACCAGUGUUUUUUUGUCAUUGCAGUUUUUUUUUUUUUUUUUAAAAUAUGCAUGUCACAAGUACUUUCUGUAAUUUUCAACGCCACAAAAAUAAAAUGCAGUGGAUUUCGCUUAAUGUGGCCACCAGUCAAUUGCGGGCAGCCACCUAAUAUAGACAUAAUAGUCUGUAACCAAUUCUAACAUAUAAUGGUACACAUUUCAAUUAAAAUGUUAAGUGGGUAAAUUUAAUUGAUCUCAAUGUGCUCAUAUUAAACGGAAUCCACUAUAAACCACAUAUUUUCCAACAAAUCUAUUGAACCAUGUAAUAUAUCAUUAAGUAAGAACUAAUAAAGUCAUUCACAAAUUAUUACGAUUACAAAGAACUUGAUAAUCUUGAACAAAAUCUACAUAAUAUCCUAAUCAUGUUUUCAGUUUUAAUUUAACAAUAAAAAUUCUAUUUAGACUGAUAAUACGCAAGCUACUAUCCAUUAUUGGUGAAAAUUACUUUAAUAUUGGAUUUUAAAUACAAAAUUGUAUACCUUGCGAAUUCCAAAUGAUGCCACUGAUUCUUACCUAUUCCGUUUUGUCUGUUACAGGCUUGAAGUGUAUCCGGACGGAAAACACAAUAUUCAUUUAAGAUACAUCGAAAAAUUCAACUCGGCCGUGGACAAUUAUUUGGCCGCAAAGUGA